CCAGAGAAAUAUACGGAUAGAAUAAGAAUGGUAGAACAAUUCAAAAAUAUGGCAGAAACAUAUGGAACAGGUUUCUACACAAUGCGAGGUAAACCUGGCGAACUCGCAGAAAUCCGCAACAAAAUAAAUUCAACACCAAGAUUCACGACAACCGAGAGCCAAGAAGAGAUGGAUGCAGACAUGCCAACAACCUCAGGCUUCGAUACAACACAAAUAGAGAAAAUUAGAGAAAAAUUUAAGCCGACGCCAACAAUGGUCGCAGAACCAAUGAUUAUAAAUGCAAAAUUGGCAGCACACUACAAAGAAAGAAAUAGAUCGCCUCCUGCAAGCCAUUAUAAAGAAAAAGAGGAAGAAAGAUUAAAAGGGCUAGCAAGGACCAAAUGGCCACAAGGCAAAUACUGCAUGUUUGUUAUUAUGCUUCUGGCUAUUUUCCUGCCUACGGUUGUGUCAGCAAUCAAUAGCCCUCUCCUUAUACAAAUCCAAAAGAAGGCCGAUCAGAACGCAAUGCCGGAGUUCCGAGGACCACACACUACAAUCUCUAAAAAAGGCAGACGAAUAACGGUGGCUCUAUCUCCAGAAAAGAAAGCACAUUUAGCUGAACUACAAAAAAGGCUGAGAGCUGCAGCAACAACCACUACGACAACAACUUAUCCACCUCCGACAACUACUACAACUACAACAACGUUAUUCAAGUCGACCCUGCCUUCUAAAUCAUUGCCAACAACGUUCAGACCAACUCAAGUGCUCACCAGUUUGCCAGCACCAAACCCUGAGACUCCGCAAAACACAGUUCUAAUACCACCUAAAAGCAAUUCACAGCCUCAACAUAUCCCUCAAAGUUUAUACAACAGCACAACACAAAUCCAAACUUUGGCGCCUCGUUUUCAAAAUACUAAAACAAUAGCACCAACACAGCCACCAAGCACAAAUUUAAAACAAAGGCAACCACCGAAACUUGCCAAUAACGCCCCAAGUUAUCAACCUAGCACACAAAGAGCUUCAGAGGCAACAGAAAAUGAUUUCUCGAAUUGGUUAAAAAAUUUACACCAUGAAUACACUAGGUCAGUGAACUUAGACAACAAAACAAGUCACAAUAAACCCGCUCUCUGGUGCGCUCACAAGUCAACACCCUUUCGUCGCAGCUUAAGUGGAAGCCGACUCGAGUAUCUCUUUACUCCCACGUUAAUCAAGCGCGAGAAAUGA